CAUUAGGGCCGCCUGCUGCAUCUCACCUCCCUUCUUUGCUGGCUUGGUAUUGACCUGAUCGUCAUUGACAACUACGAGGAACAUUGUCAUUAGACAUUGCGCAAGGCCCCUCUUCAACUGGGAGCAGAAUUUUUCAGAUCACUUCUCGACCCGCUCCACGCCGCUGGGCCGCUUUGUCGAGUCCAGAGUUUUUGUGCGGUCGGGCGUUUAGCUGUCGUCGCUGCAGGAACUGACGAUUGCGGAGACCGAUAAGGAACAAGUGGGAAGAAAAACAAGGAGAGGACGUAAAGAUGUCGACAAUACAGCAACUUAAGAAUUUCAUCCGUCACGGCAAGCAAGCCCGGGUUGCAAAUCUGGACGACCCUCCGCGCGCAAAACACGACAACUCGCCGCCAAAGGAACAGCAACAGCCGGUUAAGGCCAUGGUGCCUCAGGCCUCUGAGCCUCUGCUCAGUGGCUCCGCGGCCGGGCACAACCAUGCCACCGCUCACGCCGUCGACUCAGCCGACGUCAAAGCGAAGCAUAAGCGCAUCCCCGACGAGAAUAUUGCCAAACUUGUGGCCGAGGAGAACGAGAGUAAGAGCAAGUUCCCUGUCUACCCAGGCUUGGAACGGUGGGAGCUCCUGGAGAAGAUGGGAGAUGGGGCUUUCAGCAAUGUCUACCGUGCCCGCGACCGGGAAGGGAGCCUCGGGGAGGUGGCCAUCAAGGUCGUCCGCAAAUUCGAGAUGAACAGUAUGCAGAGCAACAAACAUCUCCAUCCCGACUUCAAGCCAAAGGCCCAAAAGGCUGCAGAGAGAGCGAAUAUCUUGAAGGAGGUGCAAAUCAUGCGCCAGAUCGACCAUCCGAAUAUCAUCAAGCUGAUCGAUUUCUCCGAAUCUCGGCAUUAUUAUUACAUUAUUCUCGAGCUUGCACCGGGUGGUGAACUCUUUCAUCAGAUUGUGCGUCUGACAUACUUUAGCGAGGAUUUGUCCCGCCAUGUCAUCGUCCAGGUAGCCAAAGCCCUGGAAUACCUUCAUGAAGAAAGGGGAAUUGUCCAUCGCGACAUCAAGCCCGAAAAUAUCUUGUUCACCCCGAUUCCCUUCAUUCCUUCAAAACAUCCAAAGCCUAAGCAACCUGGUGAUGAAGACAAGGUUGACGAAGGCGAAUUCAUUAAGGGGGUCGGCUCUGGUGGUAUUGGGCAAAUUAAAAUUGCUGAUUUCGGUCUCUCCAAGAUCGUAUGGGAUAACCAGACAAUGACACCCUGCGGAACUGUCGGGUACACUGCGCCAGAGAUUGUCAAGGAUGAGCGCUACUCCAAGUCGGUCGACAUGUGGGCGCUAGGUUGCGUGCUAUACACGUUGCUUUGCGGAUUCCCUCCAUUUUACGACGAGAGCAUUGAAGUGCUUACAGAGAAGGUAGCCAAGGGCCAGUUCACUUUUCUAUCGCCAUGGUGGGACGACAUCAGCAAAUCCGCUCAAGAUCUGAUCUCCCACCUUCUCUGCGUCGAUCCCGAGAAGAGAUAUACGAUCAGAGAGUUCCUUGCGCAUCCCUGGAUCCGUGAGUCAGGGCCGACGCCGCGUGAAGAGAGAAAGGCGCUAGGAGAGGGGCCAUUGCGCGCUUUCGAUAUGGCCACGCUUGUAGAGGGCGACAAGCGCUACGAUUUCCGGUCCCCUGCCGCCAUCAACCUGCGUGAGGUGUUUGAUGUCGGAUACGCCGUCCACAGACAGGAGGAGGAGGGCAAGCGCCGGAAGCAAAUCGGCGCCAAGGCCGGUGUGUCACGGCUGGGCGGCGUUGACGAGGACGCCGAGAUGACUGACGAAGAUACCGCCGAAUAUGUUCACGAGGCGGCCGGCAACAACAGGAAUCCCACGCAGCAGCUUGAACAGAGCAUGCGGAACACGCAGAUUCGAGAUCAAGAGCACCGUGGUCGUGACCGCGAGAGAAAGGCACAACCGCCGCCAGCCGCUGCCGAGCAGCGCGGGUACGGCCAGCAUUCGGCAGCUGUUGCGGCCGCCGCCAGGCAGCAGGUUCGCGAGCGCAACCGGCAGAAAGGCGCGUUCGAGCUCAACCUUGACGGAGCGACGCUUCUUGGACGGCGAGGCAUGAAGCCGUCGGCUCGUGUAGCAUAGAGUGCUACGGGGGUUCCGAAAGACGGGGUGUUCAGGAUGGAUAUGCACGACUGCCCUGUAAUUGGUGAUGAGGUGGUUACGCCAGCGUGCUCCGGAGAUUUGGGUGCGGAUCUGACACCACGGCGGUGUGCCUCUUCCGAAAACGAUACAUUCCGAUGAUUGUGGCAACGGCAAUGACAUUU